AAUUACAUACAUUUGCGGACUGACCAUUUGGAAACUCGGGCACUGCCCGAGGGACCGGGGUCAGUAGGGGGCCCCAUGAGAUGCCCCUGGUACCUUUUUCAUAGGCUUUUUUUUUGAGUUUGGACAAGGACACAGGGGCCCCAUGAUCCCCUAUUGCCCGGGGGCCCCAUGAGUUGUCAGUCCACCCCUGAUUACAUAUGUUAUUGUGUUUAGAUCUGUGCCCACCAGUGCCACCCACCAGUGCCCAUCAGUGCAGCCCAGCAGUGC